AAUACAAAUCAACCUGUUUGCAGACACAAGUGCAGCAGCGCAGCGCGCAACCCAGGACUUGACUCUGAGCCGUCUCUGCUGGAUCUGAAUCUGUGACUGCUUCAUGCUGUCAGUGAGUGUUUAUUUCAGACAUCCGUGUUCCACAUAACAGGUGGUCAUCACUGUCGUCCCCGGCGCUGCUGUUUCCUCUGAUGUGCGGCAGAGAGCCGUGGAGAGAGGACCUGUGGACUGUCUGCUGCUGCCAGGGAAGCCCCCACGCGUUGCGCGCUUGGAUCGCCGGGGCUAAACACUGGCGGCGUGGAACGCGUGUGCGUCGGGCUCUGAAGUGUAAACUGGCGCACGACAAAGCCCCGGGCUACGUCCUCAACAGUUGCCACCGAAGCGCAGGAGAGGAGCGCAGCAGAGAGAGAGAGGGAUAGCGGACUGAGGACUGAGGACUGAGGACUGAGGACUGAGGACGGACGGACGGACAGACGCAGGGACGCGGAGCUCCAAGCCGCUCUGCCCGGCUCUGCUCCUGACAUGCAGUCGCUCAUCUCUCCGGUGACAAAAGCCAUCCUAGUAGCGCUCUUCAUCUUCGCCAUACUCCUCAUCCUCUAUGUGAUCCUAUGGUACAUUUGCAGAGACGUUGACUGUGACCACGGCAUUUGAGGAAUCAGGGAAUUCACAACGAGGAUUUUUUUUUACAAUGGGGCGCGCAGAGGAGCCCGCAGAGUCUGGGGUCAACCCGUAAGUUGAUGCCCAGACAAGAUGGCAAGGUUGCCAUAGUGACAGGAGGAGGCAGGGGAAUUGGCUAUGAAGUAGUCCGCCACAUGGCCAGCCUGGGCGUCCAUGUCAUCAUAGGAGGGAAGGAUGAGCAGGAGGGCCAGACGGCCGUCAGAAAGAUUUGUCAAGAAUACAAAGAGGCCAAAGUGGAGUUUGAGUUACUGGACUUGGCCUCGUUGCAGUCCGUCCAUCAAUUUGUUCAGAGCUUCAAACAUCGCGGUCUACCGCUGCACAUCCUAAUCAAUAAUGCGGGCAUCAUGUUGGUUCCCGAGGGCCGUACCCAAAGUGGGUUUGAGCUGCACUUUGGAGUGAACUACUUAGGUCACUUCCUGUUGACGUGGCUGCUCCUGGACACACUGAAGGAUUCGGGACGGACCGGUCACUGCUCUCGCGUGGUCACCGUCUCCUCCUCUGCACACAGUAUCGGCAAGAUCGUCCUAAAUGAUUUGAACAGCAGCCAGUUUUAUUCGGCCCAUGCUGCCUACUGUCAGAGCAAACUGGCCCAGCUUGUAUUUAGUGCCCAGCUCCAGCAGGAGCUGCAGCGCGGAGGUUUCCCAGUGACGUCCUGCGCCGUGGACCCUGGCGUGGUGAACACCGCUCUGUACCAGCACCUCUGGACGCCACUGCGCCUGGUGCACGGCACGCUGGCUCCCUGGUUUUUGAGGACCCCUGCAGAGGGCGCUGCCACCGUCCUGUACACUGCCCUAUCACCAGCCCUGGAAGGGGAACUUGGAGGAGGCUACUGGGCCGAUGGGUGCAAGGAGAUGACAUCUCCGCCGACCUUUGACCCUGAGCUGCAGCUGAGCCUGUGGGAGAGCAGCCUCCAGUUACUGGGCCUGCGUUGGCAUCAGAUGAAAGAAUAACCAACAGGACUCUAUCCUGAGGAAAAGCUCAGAUUACUGAACCCUGAAAUGGGUCAAACCAGCUCUCCUCCUCUUCCUCCUUCUCCCUUUCCCAUUUUUUGUUUUUCAAUGUUUAUCUCCACUGUGCCAGACCCGCCAUAAAAGGGCUACAGGGGAUGUGAGACGUGUUUUUUGUUUUCACUGUGAGCACGCUAACGUACGCACACAAACACAAACUCUGGAAAGACAGGAAAUUUUGUAGCCAGAUAUCGGUCAUGUCCUGACACGUUUCUGUUUGUAGCUUUACAGAGAUAUGAUUCUAUUAUUCUGGCAGUCAGCACAAAAUUCCAAUAGUUUGCUAAAACAAAAAGGCAGUAGAAUUAUGGGGUUUUUUUUUCAUAGUAAUGUUAAAAGUAAAGGCCGGUGUUUUCUUGCAAUGGGAGAAAUUGAACUAGCUUUGUUAAAAAUGUUUAAAAAAAAAACGCACGUCAAUCGAAGGACAGUGUGCGCACACGUCAAUGCACUACGACAAAAACCACACUGUAAAUUUUACACUUGUCACGUUGAUGUCAUGACACAUCACAGUAAUUUAUAUCACUGUCUCUCCGUUCGACCUUGCUCUUUAAAUUCAUCCUUGUGGUUUUAAUGGCCACUAACUUCUGAGAUGAAUCAUCGCGGUCAGCGUUGGACUUCAGUCAUUUCUGUAGUUUCAGUGGAGGAAAAAGCUCCAACAACAUCAGCUCUGCUGUAUUUAAAAAUAAACAAAAACAUUCCUUUGUAGUAAAUCCUGACACUGGAAACACACGGAAAAGACGCAGCGAAAACUUUUUUUUGCUUCAUUUAAAUUGUCGGUGUUAAGGAGUUCUUUUACGUUUCUUUUGUUCCCCGUGAAAACAAAAAGCCAACAAUGAAGACGCGGUCGCCUCUUUAAUCCAAAUCUGUCCCUGUUUUCCCUUGUCAUCUGGAUUAAUCGGUGUACUGUGACUGUCAUGGAUGUGUGUGUGUGUGUGUGCUUCGUACAGCAGUACGGCAUUGCCUGGCGUUAAAGAGCCAAUUGGUGUUGAUAGUUUGUACAAACAAUGGUCCAGUCCAGAUGGACCGGCAUCAGAGAGAGACAAACAGAACACACUCGUUUCAUCAUUCAAGCUGUGAUUGGUUCCUAAUUGCUAGUGCAGCUUCCUCAUUUGGCAUUACUCCCAUUGCAUUAUGGGAUUGUGAUUUCCCAGUGGUGAGAAUCAAACUCCAUCUGCUCAGCUGACAAACACACACACACACACACUGGCUGUGAAAACCUGGAGGUGGUGCAGUACACCCAGGCAGAGGCUUUUCUCAUCAGGCACAUGGAGAACAAACACGUCUGCCUGUCAUGUCGCUAACGCUCCACGCAGCCAUGAAAACCAUCGCCCACUGUGAUUUGUCAUUUUAGUCGUGAAGGCGGAAACUCCCAUAUCAAGUUAAACAGGUUUCCUCCUAAAUCGCUUCGUUCACAAUCCGAGUGCUGUAUCAGGUCAGCGUGCGCGCCGUCACUUCACCGCGCUGGGCGUCCAGUGUUCGUUACGAACCGCCAUAUGUGAAGCAAUAGUGGGACUGUGAUACUGUAGCAGCUGGAGUCAGAUGUUGGAACAAGAGGGAAAAAUAGACUAAAAAAUAUAACAGUGACUAGAGAAAACAAAAAAACAAUAUAUUUUUGAAUAUAUUUUAGCUUGAUAGGGGGUGCUAGAGUGCCAACUUGCCAGUCACGGAGAAGGUUCCGGGUACGAUUCCACCUGGUUGACAUGAAUAACAGUUCCGAUCAAAUUAAAAAUAUUUUUUUGAGAAACUAAAUGACAUUUAGAUGAUUAAACUAGAUUUUAUUUGUCAUCAUUUUAUAUCUGUAGCAGCAGCAGCAGCAGCGUAGGAACGGACUCUUCCUGCCAGCAAUUCUUGUGUUUUUUUCUGGUUUCUCCUCAGAGCUGUCCAGCUGCUCUGUACUGUCUCUGUGCUUCCUCGUUUGACCGUGGUUCCUGCUCUAAAGUGCAUCGACGAAACAACAAACAAACGGCCUCGUGUCUUUUCACCGUGAUGAAAACACCAGCUCACCCACUCAGCAGCGCCCAUUACCAAAAGUACCGAGCCUCGGUGUGAAUAACGUCCGUAAUGUUUUUUCCUGCUACGGUGAAUAUUUUACUUUACCGACGCCCGAGAGUGGAAACGUCUGAGCACAAGACUCGGGCUGAGGAGGACAAGCGUGACGGCCUGUCUGGGUCGUUCUUUUUCGGGUCGCCGUGCAGCGGGAUCUGCUGAAUUAAGUCAGCCAUUACCUUGUUAUAUAUUUAACUCUGUCCUGCAGCAGUCGGCACAGACAGCAGAGGACGGCACAGUGAACUUUUCUCAGCUUCUCAGCUCAAGUGUCGUUCAGUGA